AUGUAUGGUCAUAUGGACGAUAAUUGUCAAGUUCCUCCUGAAAAUGAUGGGACAAAAGUCAAACUGAAAAAGCUAAGUGAAGAUAGUUUAACUAAGCAGCCUGAAGAAGUCUUUGAUGUUCUGGAGAAACUUGGUGAAGGGUCUUAUGGUAGUGUGUUUAAAGCAAUACACAAAGAGUCUGGACAAGUUGUAGCAAUUAAACAGGUCCCCGUGGAGUCAGAUCUUCAAGAAAUAAUUAAAGAAAUCUCUAUAAUGCAACAAUGUGACAGUCCCUAUGUUGUCAAGUACUAUGGCAGCUAUUUUAAGAACACAGAUCUAUGGAUUGUUAUGGAAUAUUGUGGAGCUGGCUCUGUUUCGGACAUAAUUAGACUUCGAAAUAAAACG